GCCCCCUCCCUUGGCUCCCUUCAGGUCCGCUGCGGAUGCCGGGCAGGGAGCAGAGCGGUGGAGCCCGAGAACCGGCCGCUUCCCUCCUCGGCCCGCCCCUCCGGGGCGCCAUGCUCAUCACGCUCUGCUACCUGUACCUGUGGGCGCGCUGGGGGCCCUGCUCGGUGGGGCUGGUCCGCCGCACGGUGAGGAGGCUCUACCGCACCCGCUGCUCCUUCACCUUCUGCUGCUGCGCCUCCUCCUCCUCCGGCGGCCAAACUUUGCCUCAGGAGCCCCGGCGCCGCCGUCACCGCAAAGCAGGCCUUCCCCGCCCCCCAGAAGAGGUAGCCUGCCUCAGGGCGGGAGACAAGGUGUUCUUCGCCGGAGAGACCAAGUUCCUUGAUGAUUUAAGCAAAUGGACAUUGCUAAUUGUAUCACCUUUCAGUUAUUUGGAUAAAAUAUUUGAAGCAGAACAUAUUGCAUUUGUGACAGAAAGUAUUUCUGCUCAAGCAGAUAAUUCAAAGGCUAUAACUUCUUCAGCAGAUAAGAUUGUGAAAUGGUCAGACUUCUGUUCGCCUUUGGCCUUUAAAACUGGAGAACCUUAUAUAUUAUUUGCUGAGGCCAGCAUAGAUAACUUCAGUAGUCUUGGAAUAGCAUUCAUGGAAGAUAGACUCCAAAUGGAUAAUGGAAUGGUUCCUCAAAAAAUUAUGUCUGUGCACCUACAGAUGUCAAAGCUGGAAGAAUUAGAUCAAUUAUCAAAUGUCAAAAAAGAAGGAAAUGCUAAUCAGAUGCAGCAUGGAGAAUGGACUCAAGAGCCUCCUUUUGUGACAGCUACUAAACCAGAAGUAAAAACUGCUGAUUGUGCAGGAGAUGAUGAGGAAGAGGAGAAAGGAACAGAAUAUCCUGAAAAACUUGAGCAAGUAUCUGAAAGAGAGGUGGAUACUGGUGAACAUCAUCACCUGCAUCUUUCUAGCUGCCACGAGUGCUUAGAACUGGAAAACAGCACAAUUGAGUCUGUUAAAUUUGCUUCUGUAGAAAACAUUCCAGAACUUCCUGAUGAUUACAGUUGCAAUUUGGAAGGCGUUAAUAGUGACUGUCCAACAGAAUAUCUGAAAAGAAUAAGCCUUUCUGGGAAGCCUCCCAAUAUUUUAGUCUAUGUUGGUUCUGACACUGAAAAAGUGAAAUUUGAAGAAAUAAAAUCAGUCAUUUUGGAAUGCAUUGAUUUUAACUCGUAUACUAUCUACCAGUUGUUAGAGAAACAUGUUUUAAGUGUUCCUUGGGUUCAUAAUGCACUACUAUUAAUCAUUGCUACAUCAGAGCCUAUCACAGAUGCAGUGUCUAAACAAUUUUUAACUUUCAUGUCAGAAGGUGGGAAAAUUUUGGGACUUUCAUCUUUUUUCACUUUUGGUGGUAUACGUGUAAAGAGUAAACAAGAAUUAAUUGGCACAGUUCAAGCUUUUGUGUUUUCAAAUGCUGAGAACAGUGAAAUUAAACUCAAUGUGCUAGCUAGUGGGAAAAUAUUUGAGAAAGAAAUUGUGGAAGAACCUAACUUUCUGAAGCCACUAGGUUUCUUGGACAGUCCAGAUAAAGAUAUGUUGAUCAUCCAGCUGCCGUGUGGAAAUAAUGGAGGAGAAGCCAUACUCUGUCAGGCACAUUUAGAGGUUAAUAUCCAAAGUUUGUCUAAUAGAUCUAAAGAUGACUUCAAUUUACUCAAAUUAAGCAAUGCUAAAAGAUACAAAGUUCUUACCAAUAUCCUGACCCAACUUGGCUUGAAUUGUCAAAUGAGUGAAGUUCCUCCAUUAACUCCUAUUUACCUCCUUUCAUCAAAUAAGGAAAACCACAGUUCUCUUCUGGAAUGGUUAGGAAAAAAUGUGAAUGCAGCAGGAAUAAUUACUUCCAGCAAAGUGUCCCUUAAGUUUGUAUCAUCUUGCAGCAUGGAGACAGAAAUAACACCCUCAUUCAUGCCAGUCAUCACUGAGAUGAAAGCUUUCUCAUCUGUAAAUUUCAGCCUCGACCGAUACAAGAAGAAUCUACAUACACAGAACCUUGGGAAAGUGGUUCUAUUUACUGAGGUUACAUCAACCACAAUGGAUUUGCUUGAUGGGUUGAUAUACAAGAUACCACAGGAAAUCGGUCUUAUAGCAAUUGCUGUUCAACAGACUCAAGGGAAAGGUCGUGGUGGAAAUGCUUGGCUGAGUCCUGUGGGAGCUGCUUUAUCCACCAUUCAUAUCACCAUUCCUUUAACAUCCCAACUGGGUCAAAGAAUUCCAUUUAUUCAGCAUCUGGUUUCUUUAGCAGUUGUGGAGGCUGUUAGAUCCAUACCUGGGUACCAGGAUAUUGAUCUUCGAGUGAAAUGGCCAAAUGAUAUUUAUUACAGUGAUCUUAUGAAGCUUGGUGGUAUUCUAGUGAAUUCCACACUAACUGGAAAUACAUUCCACAUACUUAUUGGCUGUGGAUUUAACGUGAAUAACAACAAUCCUACUAUAUGCAUCAAUGAUCUCAUUAUUGAGCACAAUAAGACAAAGAAUACAAAUUUAAAACCUUUAAGUGUUGACUGUCUAAUUGCAAGAAGUGUGACAGUGCUGGAAAAUCUGAUCAGUACUUUUCAAGAGAAAGGACCUAAUGGUGUUCUUCCCUUGUAUUAUAAGUACUGGAUACAUAGAUUUAGACAAAAAUGGUAGCCAGUUCACCUGGAGGUACUUCACCUUUGAAAGAGGAUCAAGAAAGAGAAAGAACAAGGCCAAAGAAGGUACUCAACCCCAAAUGUGCAAAGCAAAAAGAAUUACCUUCAGCCCCAUGAAGCAACCGUGGAGGGCAUGUAGAUUGGUAACAAGGUGCUUUUUCUUCCCAGCAACUUUGUGUCCCAGAGAAGCCUACCUUACACUUUGGGAAUUACUGGCAUCAACUCAAGGCACUGUUUAACUCCAUUUGAACUGGUCUGUACAUGGCUCUGUCAUUAUUUAAUAUAUAUGCCCAACACUGUUAAGUUUUUAAAAAGAUAACAUGAUAAAUUUGUUUCAUUAGAAAAACAAAUUGUAAUACUAGAAAAGGGAAUGCUUUGUAUUGCAGAAAACAAGAAAAAUUAUCUUAUUAAGAAAAUGCCUAUCCGAUUUAAUUUGAUACCUGAAAUGGUAUAGCUAAUGAUAUUUUUUAUUCUGCACGAAGUACAUUAAAUAUGAUGUUUGAAGGAAAUAACCUUAAAAAUUGUUGCUGACUCUACACUAGUUUGUGGCUUAUUGUACUGCAGAAUUUCUUCUGACUUAACAUUUGACUUUUAGGGGGUAUCUUUAGAGAUGGUUUUAACAUAACUCAGCCUUAAGCAAUAGAAAGGAAGCUACUGGAUCCAAAUUAAAAUAUAUUUCUGAUUCAUGUCAGUAUGCAUUUUAAAUAUAUGUUGAUCCAUCAGGGAGCGUUCUGUCAUGUCAAGAGGACAACUCCCAUAUUCUAGUAACACCUUACAUGCCAAAGAGCCCUGAUGGAUACAUGCACAAGCUUCUAUGUACACAAAGCUCUCGGGUUCAAUUAGCAGGAACAGUUCAACCAAGGGAUUUCUUUGUGCUAUUAUUUCAUACGAUUAGAGAACCCACAGAGAUCAGGAUCAGAGCAGCGACAACAUACUUAUGGCAUAAAAUCUUUGCAGUCCUCCUUAACCACUAGAUUCAACAUUACAGAAAAUCAAAAAUCAGUAUACUGUACUUAAAAUUAAAAAGUGCCUGUGAAUUUUCAACUGCAUUGGUAUUUUGAUAAUUUUAUAAUCUCUUAACCAUAUGAAUAUUUUUACUUGCUGGCCUGAAAACACAAGCCCCCUAAACAUAAAAUGAAAGCUAUUGAAACAGAAAGGACUUUGGAUCUCAUUGCUAGCACAAACUGAACAGAACACAAUUCUCUUUUAUUAUUCUCUGUCAAAGGAAGCUUUGGAUAUACUCUUUUUCCUUGAAGAUAUAUUUCAAAUGGGGGGGAAAUUAUCUUUCUUCUAUUUUCAAAUAUACUUUUAAAAAUUCUUACCACAGUCCCCCCCCCCCCCCUACAAUGUGAAAAUUCAUCAACUCUUUGGUAGGUAUUUCCAAGCUUGCUGAAAUAAUAGAUUUUCCUUAUUUCAAGAUGCAUAGUAAUAAUGAAAGCUGGCCUUCAUAAAAUCUAUCAAAGUCAUAAAAAUAAAAAUCCAUUAUUGGGCUUCAGAGAUUAAAAAUGUAAACACAUGUUCUUGAGGGUAAUAAAACUGAAGGCAAGUUAACAGAGACAAUCACAAAUAACUGCGGCACUUAUAGUCUCCUGCCAAACUUUCUGUAUAUCAGGUAAUCAAAUAUUCAAAUAUAUUUUUGAUCCAAAGGAUUUUGGAAAUGUAUUUUACAAGAAAACAUAGUAAAUCUUUGUGUUGGUAAAUGAACUAUAAGUAGUAAACCUGCAAAAUAACAAAAUUGAUUUGUCGAAUGAAUGAUUACUGGGAGAAUCAACUACAGAGAUUAAUCUGUAACAAUAAAUCACUGAAGCUUAGAUACAUUUUUUCCUGACCUUAGAAGUACUGUUCAACAUGGCUUGCCAAGAACACAUGCAAGUUUGUGUCUCAGCUGACUUUUACCAUGCUUACUGUGUGUGUAGGUUCGCAUUUUUGGAAACAAUUGUUUAAUCAGUUAGUUUAAAAUUGUUCCAUGACUGUCACCUUCCAUUGGCUAUUAUUACAGAAGUUCCAAUAUAAUGAGGAAGUGCAGGUUCCUUGUGAGUCUCAGGGGAAGAGGCAGAUGAGGGACUUUGGUUUUUGUAAAACAUAUUUACUUCUUCAGAACUGUGUCCGUAAGUUUCUGCUCUGUGUUCUGUGGCAGUGCACGAGGAUGUUUGAAAUGUGCCAUGUUUGGCCAAAACCCGGUGGUAGUUCAGAAGAACAAAUGGGACUUGUCCUGUGUGCCUCAUAUCAACUGUGUGAUCAUGUUCAGAGUCUUGGUCAAGCUUAACUGGCAUUCUAUUGUCUGCUGCCAGCUCACCCAUAUUUGAAGAGUGAUGGGCAACAUGCUCAUAUUUGGGCUCUUUUGUACACAUUCUUCUUGUUUGUUCAUAAACUGUUGGAACUGGGAGAAGAUGGCUUAAUGGUCCAAUAGAUUUAGCUUGGAAACAUUCUGAUUUGGACAAAAAAGAGUUAGUUAAUGAGUUUGAAAAGGGCUUUUCAUUGACAUUUUUGUCUUGUACUUCUCUGUUGAAAGCUAGCUUAUUUUCUUCUUUGAUCAGAUGGUGAUGUGCUGGAUAUAUUCUGCUUUCCAUUUUGCUAUGUUUUAUAAUGCUGGAAUCAUAGAUCUCUUCCUUGUAUCGAUUACUUGGUGUUAGUGUGGGACAACUUGAGAAACUGUCAGAUAUACCUUCUUCUUGGCUGUAUCGUCUGUGUGACAGCGGCACUUAGGAAGAAAAGAUGAAGAAACAAUGAGUAGAAAUAAAUGCUAAUGCCUGACUAAUAUGAGUGCAUUAAGGUUGCAUUAAAAAGUUUACAUUCUUUCAUUUCACUUUGCAUAUGACAAAUUAUAGUGAAUUACCUUCUCAGGCAAGGCCCUGAAACUCACUGGAAUUCUUCGAAACAUAAACAUUCUGAUGAAUUUGGUGGUUACAUACCCAAAGACAUAAUAUAAUCCCAAUUAGGUCAGUUUUAAAAAUGAAAAAGCCUUAUUAUACUUUGUUAGGAUUAUUAUUUUUUAUUUUUUAUUGGAAAAAAUCCAAAAUAUACUGUCAAAAUAAGUUAGCAUAAACUCAUAAGUAACAAAAUACUAUACUUAUUCAUAAAAACUAAAAAAAUAAAAUAAAAAGCAAUCUCAGCCUUUGACUGCAUUUCAAUGCUAUGAUGGUUCUUUAGUCAGCUCAGACAAAGCUCCCAUGAACCCAAGGGCAGUUCCUACAGUAUUCAAGGUUGGCAUGAAACUGAUAGCAGAGCUACCCAACUCUAUAGACUGCAAUGUUUCAUGCUGAUAGUCAUAUGAAUGCACGCUAAGUAAAUCCAAUUGAAUCCAUAUUUCUUCCAUAAUUAUCUUUGCAAAAUAAUUGGAUUAGAUCAGUAUUUUAAUAUUACCCCUAUACUGAAUCUAUCACAUAAACUACAAUUGUUAUAAUCUGGGGUGGAAGCCUAGAUUAUAGUCAUCCCUCCACAUUUUCUGGUGUUAGAACCACGGGGCCCCUGUGAACAGGUAAAACUAAGAAUAAAGACAGUGCUUUUUUUAACCCAAGAGAACACCUCUCUGGGAAUUUCUAGGUGUUCCAGAACAACUCUAUGGUCAACUUCCACUGGAAUAUGAUUAUAGAAUUGCAUUGAGUGACCUAAAGUUUUCUAGGUUCUGCAACAUACCUGUAGGAAGAUUAACACAGACUCACACUGGAGGUCCUUGAGAUAUUAGAACAAUUUUAAUAAAUCUGCGAAUAAGUGACUAUGUGAAUGUCAAACCCAUAAAUGUGCAGAGACAACUGUAGAGCCUUAAUGACUUUGGACCUCAUCACAUUGAUGAAGUCCUCUGUGCUGAUUUGCCAGGCUCUGUGGCAAAUCAGCAGGGGAAUUUUUCCGGCCAGCUGGUCGGCAGCAACAUUUCCCUGUCAUACGUGGGGAAAUAUUGCCGUGAAGCUUGUCCCUGCAGUAGCCCCUUUGUUCCAAAUGGAACAUGAGGGAAUCUCCCGUGUUGGCAGCUCAGUGUCCUACUAUACCACCACAGUUGAGCAACAGAGCCCUGCCAGAAGUGAAGCUAUGUCAUAUGAUGGGCGGUGUGGGGUUCUGUUGCUUAACUGCGGUAGCAGCGUCCUAACAAUUCAUCAUGGGAUGAGGUUAUUCAUAAAACACAAUUUGGAUUUCUUGGGAAGACAUUUCAAUUUAAUAUUUUAAUAAGUUAGUAUUAAAGUUAUCCAAAGCUUCAACUGAAGAUACAAAUUAAAUAUCUUGAAAAUAUUCAAAUGUAAGUAUUUCACAUUUUUUAAUUUUAUUUUUAUUUUACAAAACAGCUUCUUAGUUGUUUGCAUCAUACACACCUUCAUAGCCUGGUAAGAGAUUGUGGCGUACGUUGCUUGCUGAUUGAUCAGAAGGGCUUUUAGAUGGCGAUUGGCUGCCUGGUAUAAGAGAAUUGGCAUAGUGCCAUUGGCACUCUCCACUUGUCUGUAAUGUACUUAAGAAAAACCGAGCUACUUCGCAAGGUGUUCCUUGAGUCUGCCCAAAUUUAGAAGGCAGCAUUUGUUUUUUGCUACUGAAUACAUGAGGGUCUACGGGGAAGGGUCCAUAAUGGUAAGGGAAUGGUAAGCUGUACGAUGGAGUAUAUAAAAGUUCGCUGUUUUCUGAAUGGAAGGCUUGUUCUUGGACAGUGGCAGAAUUUGCUGUGGAGCUGGAUCUCCAGCUUCCAACCUGGCUACAUUCCAGUUUGUCUGUCUGGAAGGAGCUGUAUUGCUGAAAAAGCAAAUAAAAAGAAAGAAAAGUGUUUAAUAGCUGACUCUGAAAUCUGUCAGUAUAACAGAGUGUGCUGCAGCCAAGUACCACCUUGAACUACAGUUACACCAGUUCAUUUAAACUAAGAGGAGUUGGCAAUACUUAUUCUCUAAAGAGAGGAACUGCAGCUCAAAGCCUUUUGGAAUUCCUCCUAUUUGCCUUGAAAACUCUUCUACUAAAUCCAAAAUGCACCGGAUAAGCUAUCGUACCCCAGUGGAGAGCGGGGAGACGUUUGGCAAAUGCUCAGAUUAACAAAUUCCUCUAUCUUCAGCUCUGACCACAAUAACAGAUUCCGCAGCUAAUCCCUGACACAAAGUAUAAUGUUAGUCAUGUAACAAAUAGGUAAAGGUAAAGGUGUUAUCCUAACGUUAAGUCUAGUCAUGUCCGAUUCUGGGGGUUGGUGCUCAUCUCCAUUUCUAAGCCAAAGAGCCAGCGUUGUCCGUAAACACCUCCAAGGUCAUGGGGCCGGCAUGACUGCAUGCAAUGCCAUUACCUUCCUGCCAAAGCGGUACCUACUGAUCUCACAUUUGCAUGUUUUCAAACUGCUAAGUUGGCAGAAGCUGGGGCUAACAGUGGGUGCUCACCCUUCUCCCCAGAUUUGAACCGCCAACCUUUCGGUCAGCAAGUUCAGCAGCUUGGUGGUUUGACCCAAUGCGCCACUGGGGGCUCCAUAUGCAACAAGUAAGAAUGUAUUUAUUAAUCUUAUUUGCACCCAGCAGACCAGCUGCUAAAUAAACCAGUUCACCUAUCUUGCAACUAGAGACAGGAUCUUGGCUACCCAAAAACUAAGAAGCUAGAGGAGAUGCUACUCUUUUCACCCCAUUUUACAUACACAUUUAAUUCCAUCUUCCCAUAAUUGCCCAAUGUUGUUGUUCCAUUGUUCCCUGUUCAGCUCCUGAAUCCCCCCCCAGGCCUGGCCCUAGGUAAUUUUCAAGUGUAAGCAAACAGAAUUUUGGCGCCCCCCCAAAAAAAACCAAUCACUGAAAAAUAAAAGUGUUGGAUAAGUGAAAAUGUUGGAUAAUAAGGAGGAAUUAAGGAAAAGCCUAAAUAAAGAACAACACUCUGAAAACGGGAAUCCCAGACAGGAAACAAUCAGGGCCAGCGAACACCUCCCAACCAAGGAUGCCCCCCAGGGAGGAAGCAGCCAGGCUUUGAAUCUGCAAGGCCAUUAAAUGCUAAUCAAGCUGGCCAAUUGCCUCCAUUCACACUAGCCUCAAACAGACAAGAGAGAUCUUUCUCCCACCCUGGACUUUCCACAGAAACCUCAAUUACCUAGCUUCCAACAGAUCUCAGAACCUCUGAGAAUGCCUGCUAUAGAUGUGGAUGAAACGUCAGGAGAGAAUGCUUCUGGAACAUGGCCAGGCAGUCCGGAGACCUGACCUUGAGGGCAAAGUCCAGAACAGGCCGCAGCUGCAGAAUAGGAAGGCCUUUUACCUGCUGGGACCUCUGGCGACCCAUCCUGAGGCAAGCGGUGGGACCGAGCUGUAAACCAGCGCCAGCCCCGCUGAAGGGAGGAACAGCAAGAUGGACGGCUGCUUGUGCCAUGCUGCCGCUUGGCCCCACCACGUAUCCCUUGAGGAUACGGGGCGGGGCCAACCGGCCGCAUGGCACAUGCGCAGCAGUCGGAGAGGGUGCCUCGCCCAUCUCGCUGUUCGGACUGCCUUUGGCGGAUGGGCAAGAUGGGCGGGGUGCCCUCUCCGACCACUGCGCAUGCGCCAAGCGGCCACAUGGUGCAAGCGGCCGCCCAUCUUGCUGUUCCCUCGUUGGAUCCGGCACCGGUUUACCGCUCAGUCCCGCCGCCUGCCUUGGGACAGGUCGCCAGAGGCCCCGUCAGGUGAGAGGCCUUCCUGCCUCCACGGCCUAGCCUGGCCUCCAGCCAGGCCGUCCUGCUGCCCCUUUAAGGGCAGGGAUGUGAGACAGCCCUCAGGCGCAGGCCAGGAUCGCUUCCCUGUCCUUAAAGGGCCAGCAGGGCAGCUUGGUUGGAGGCCAGGCCAGGACACGGAGGCAGGAAGGCCACGCCUGAGCAGAGAUGCCUCAACGGUUGCUGAAGGCGCCAUUCUCCAGCCUCAGCUGCGCCCCAUAGAGGAUGGCACCUUCGGCAACUGCCUAAUUUGCCUUGCGGUUGAACCACUCCUGAUCCCCCCCACACACACACACACACAAAACCUUCAUUCUUCAAAUGUGCAAACUUCCCUUUGUGCAAAUCAUUCUACAAUGCUCAUUUCUCCCUAGACCUUAUUUAAUGUAUGUACUGGUUAUUUCUCUAUCCCCUCCCCUCUCGCCAGCUCCUCAACAAUGGCCUUAAUUGGAAUAGAGGGAGCCAAAAUAGUGAGGGGUCAGUUUUCAUGCCUGACAAACUCACUGUUGCUAGAAUAUUUGGGUACAAGAGUGGUAUCACCACAGAGCCCCAUAUUGGCUGGAAUCUUCAGGACAGUGAUACAAUUUCUGAGGUUGAAUCAUUAGAACUCUCCUUAUUUCUGAUUCUAAAUACUUAUUGGGGAAAACAACAGCUUCUCAAAUUAGUUUGGGGAAGAGAAUGUUAUAGCUUGAACUGCAAAGACAUUUCUGUAAUUAUUCAUAGGGUACCUGGUGCAAUGAUGCUGCUGCAAAUAAAUUCUCACACUAUUUUAAGCAUGAAAUGUUCUGAAGAAAAAGUAGUACCUGCUGUGGAUAUGGAGUUGUUCUGAGUUUUGUCUUCAUUUUAUUACUUUUAGGUUUUGUUGCUUUUCUUGUUUCUUGUGAGGUAGAUACUGAGUUUCUACAUGAGAACUGUGAUUUAGAAAUUGUGACCUGGUCCAAUGAUAAUGGAAGUUCCUUAUAUUCUAUAUCUCUGCAAAAAACAACAACAACAGUGCAACAAAGGAAUUGGUUCUCAAACCCAUUUUUCUUCCCUCUUAGCACUAAUUAAAACUGAUUACUCUGCACUCAUAAGAAAGAGAGGCUCAGAUUGCUUUGAAAGAUAUUAGUAGUGGCGAAGCUAGUGUUGCGAAUUUAAUUCAAAGUAAUCAAAUCUUACAUAUGAACACAUUUCCAUAUAAGGUUAACUCAGCAAUCUUUUUUUUAACUUUUCCCAGCUGGAAUCCUGUUAGGAACAGACAUUUCCUUUACAUGUUGUGCUUAUAUCCUUUUCUGGGUGCUGUGGGGAUUGGUAUUUCCUUUCUCCACAGUCCGCAAAUUCCCUCUGAUUUAGACCCUUCUACACAGACCUUAUAAUUCACACUGAAGUUGAUUGUAAGGGGGAGGGGCCAAACGAUACACAUUCAUAAUGCAGGAGGAACUGCAUUAAACAGGGAAAACUCAUGUUUAAAAAGACCCGGAGAAUGUCUGGUUUUAGCUGAAAAAUCUGCUGCAACAGAGCCCAUCAUUUUAUUUAUUUAUUUACAGUAUUUAUAUUCCGCCCUUCUCACCCAGAAGGGGACUCAGGGCAGAUCACACAACAUCCAUAUCCAGCAAACAUUCAGUGCCAUUUAUACACAGAACAAGACAGACAAUUGCACAUAGAUAGACGUAUAUAGGCUUUUCCCAUCUCCAGCAUCUUGGAGGCUUGUGCUCAGUUCCGGCCAUGAGGGGGUGGUGUCACUCCAUCUCCCUGCCAAAAGGCUUUGCUCAUAAACUUUCCUCCUUGAUCUAAUCCCGGCAUUAUUCUGGCAUUUCUUAUGGGUGCCUUGAAAAUACCUCCUUGCUUUUAAGCGGUACCUAUUUAUCUACUUACAUUUUGCUUUCUAACCGCUAGGUAGGCGGAAGGUGGGCUAAGGCCAAGAACUCACCCUGAUCCAGGCUUCGAACUGUCAACCUUUUGAUAGACAAGAUUUACUCCAGCUGGUGGUUUAAUCUGCUGUGCAAAAGCCCAGCCUGUGCAAAAUGUGACACUUUGCAAGAUUUCCAUGUGGUGCACUGGUGUGGACAGCACUAGCACAUUACUGUAUUUUAAAACUGAAAAAAUUUACAACAUUUUAAAAAUUCUUGCUCUCUGCAUAUGCACUGCAGCACAUUUCCAAAACUAUGUUGGGGGGGGGGAGUAAAAAACUUCUGACAGAUGUUCCACCAAUCAGAUUGUUCUAGAUUAAUGUGGACGCCCAAGGAGGAUUGCUCUGGGGCAAUGGAGUCAGGUAGACACUCUAUAGAAUGUAAUGGGUUUUUAAAACCCUCCUUAUACUCCAGAUUAAAGGCCUGGAGUAUAAAGGUAUUGAACACACAUACCACAUAGUCAUUCCAUGUAUCAUAUGAAGAUGUCAAGAUCAUAAAAGCAUCUCACCAUAGCCAAAUAUAAAAUCACACGACCAGUGCUGAUAUCCAGCAGAGUACUCCUGAGGUUUCAGUGCUGCUGUAGUCAUUCCAUAUCUGGCUAUGGGGAUGGAAGGGUUCAGAGACUUUCAGUAAGUUAGGAUGAAGUAGUUUGCUUAGACUAGUUAUGUUGAGUCAUAUAGGAUUGUAGCCCUCAUUUUGCAAUACUGAAUGCAUUUUUUCAGUCAGCUGCUUUUAUAACCCUAUUCUACUAUGAUGUAUAUAAGCAAGUGCCUGUUCUCAUUCUUCCAUAAAAUACACUCAGUUCUCUGUAUCCAAUCAUCAUCAACUUCCAAAAAACAAACCUUGAUUUUGCCAUUUUAUAUAUAGGACACCGUUUUACUAUGCCAUUGUAUAUCAUGGGACUUGGGCACCCACAAAGUUUGGUAUGCACAAGCAGGGGAGGGGGGUCCUGUAACUAAACCCCAAUAGAUACCAAGGGCCCACUAUAAUAAAAUAUAUCUCUGUGCUGUUUGGAUUCAUUUGAAGUACACAGUUUUUCAGAGUUCAGGAAGAUUACAUGGUCAGUCCUAUAAAAGCAAAAUGCAAGCGGUAGAAGUUCCUGGGGGAACAGUGAUUCUGCACUCCAAAAACCAAUGGGUAUCCCCCAUGCGCCAGCUGGAUAGGCAGGUGUUUCAAAUUCGUUUUCAGUCUUUUUCAGUCAGAGCUGUUUACUUCUCUGCCUUACUUGCCAGUUUUUUAUUUUGUGCCUUGCCAACUGGACUCUAAAUCCCUUAGCUUGUAAUAAGGCAAUAUUUAGAAGUUAAAAUCAUUGGUAUUAUGCUAGAAUUGAGACGUUUAAAAAAGAGGAAAGGUGCCGAUCAAGAAAUGGAAACACUGGCUGUGGCACUGCCAGGUAGAAAGACAAACCAUGGUCAAAGUUACAUCAAAGAUGAACUCACUAACUACUAACCAAAGCAUUGUGAGUUCAAAAAUAAAGAGCAGCAAACCCAGAUACCAAUCCCAGUGUGACUUUGAGGAAAAAGAGAGAGAAAGGGCUGUUUUAAACAGAAAAAUUAUAUCCUCAAGUGAGAGUGAGGCAGAGGUGAGUAUAACUUCCUCUCCUGCACAAAACAGGGACUGGAAAAGAUGCAAGUAGAGACAAGGUAAAAAUGUGGGGUAAAAAAAGAUUAAAAGGUGAAAAAUAGUUAACGAAAAUAAAACACCUAAGUUUCCUGGUAAAAUGGCAAUGGGAACUCAGGGGUCUGAAUCACAAAAAUUACCAACAUCAGCUUUGAGUUGCCAUUUUAAAAAAUGGAGAAAGUGAAUGAUGCUGAUGCUGGCAAACAAAGCUUCCUAUUCUACAGCUUAAAAAUUGUGCCAUCAAUCAUCUGAAAAGGAGGGAAUGUAUACUAAUUAAUCCUCAUGGCUGAUGUGAUAUUGCUAUCUCUACAACCAUGAACCUCCCAUAAAACUCUUGCUACUUGAAAGAGUGAGGCACAGAAUUUCCAGUGAAUGUUGCUAGAUGCCUUUCCCAGCACACAAACAGCCCCUGGCCUCAGUCAUUCGCAAGAUGGUGACCCCACAACAUAAGGCCUAAUGAGAUAUUCUCCAUGUCUGGACUUAUUUUUUAGAUUUUGUUCUGGCUCAAAAUGGUUCAUAAAACUUGGUAACUAGAUAGCUCAUUAAAAAGUCCAUCACUUUUUGUGUAAUUGUAACAUGUUGCCAUCAUGAAAUAUACUGUUUUGAAAUUGAGUCCAUUAUUUUGAAACACUUUGUUUAAAAUCAACAAUGACGGGGACAGCACAGGUAACACAUCACCUGUGACUCUACCUGCAGCUCCCAGUGGUUCAGCGACUGCACAGUAACAUGCAUACCCAAUUGAUAUACAAGCGAUAGUUAAUGAAACAGAAAGAAAACAAGAAAUUAAAUACUAUACUGAAGCUAUGUAAUACAUUUCUGGGCAGCAUUACCAAUCAGGAGACAAAUCGAUUCAUUGGUUUACAGUUAAUUAAUUAUUUAAUACAAAUGAAUUUCAGAAACUCGAUUCAACCUAGCAUUAUUUCUGAGAUUGUCUUUUCAUAAUUAUUCUUAUGAAGAAAUGAAUAUUCCUCUGAUGUCAGAAAGAGAGGAAGUAAAUUAGAACUUCAGUCAGCAUAAUGAAUUCCUAAAACUAAAGUUAUUAAUAAAACAAACAAAGAAAACCAGUAAAGUCAGCAAAGGAGUAUAAAAUUAAAGUCAGAAAAUGUUUAAGAAAAGACAAAGAAUUUGACAUGGAGUCUGAUUUUGAGUUAGUAAUAGGAGAAGACUUGGCAAGGAGUGAAAUGGCUUAUGAGUCACAUGAAAACAGUGAUGAGGAGGGUUUCUCAAGAGCAGGUUCAGAGAAUGAUUCAAGUAGAUUAUUUAUGGUGAAACAAUUCAGAGGUUUGAUUAAAAAGGCAUUGCAGACAUUAGUCUGUUGGGUCAUAUAAAUGAUAAGGUUAGUGGCAGAAGGAUCAUUAAAAGAAAUGGCAUGAAGCUUCUGUGUUAGUGAUUAGAAGCUCAACAGCAGCAUGUUUACUAGGGCAGCUGCACUUUGGGUACAAGAUGUUUUAGAUUCUCAAGAAAACAAAAGGAGGGAUUUAAAGAAAAUAUUGCAUACAAGUAUGAUAUAUUGCUGAUGCAGGUAUUGAUGCUACAAAAUUUUCAUGCAGCUCAUUUUGGGUGCAGUUAACCACAUGGAUUUUGAUAGGAACAUACUAACACAACAGGGAUAUUCGCAGGAGGUAGAAGAAACAAUCCUGGCAUCAAGGAGAGAUUUUACACACAGAACAUAUGAUUGGACUUGUAAGGCCUUCAAAGGCUGGUGCUUAUUAUAUGAAAGCAAUUACACAAGUGUGAAAGUAGCUGAUAUGCUGGAUUUUUUUCCUAAGGAUAGAUACUCUAAAAUGAUAAAGUGCCACUUUGUUGACUGUAUUACAUCAGAAGGGUGUCAGCUAUCCCUUUACGAAGAUAUUUCUAAAAGGGGUGAUAUUGCUGACACCAACAAUACAUAGAUUUCCUUUGUGGGAUCUUAACUUAUUGCUCAAUGUGUUUGGGAAGGGUCCAUUUGAACACAAACAUCAAGCUUCUCUACACUUACUGUCUCUCAAGGUGGCCCCAUUUUAGUGUUAAUAAAAUCAUGUAGAAGAGUGGCAGAAUCAGCUACUCUGUCUGUGAAUAGUAGUCUAUGUAAACACGAACACAACAAAUUAACAUUGAGACUACAUCAUACCUUUUUGCCAAAGUGUUUAGUCAAUAAAGAGGUAUAUCAAGAUAUGCAGUUACCAAAUUUUACCCUGAUCCUAAACAUCCAUUAGAGAGGAAGUGGCAUGCUUUGGAUGUACAGAGGGCAGUUAAGCAUUAUACUAAAAGAACAGCAGGGUUCAAGCAUACAGAAUAACUGAUGUAUUUGUAGUUUUUAAUCUGAAAUCUUUGGGCAAUAGAGCCUCAAAACACAUAAUUGUAAACUGGAUUAAAGCCUGCCCAUUUCUGUUACGUCUCCUCAAUAUGAAAAGGCGAGUGACCGUGUGGUUCACUCCAUUCGCUUGAUGGCACAGUUUAUGCCAUAUCAAUGUCUCUGCAAGACAUUUGUGAGGCAUCAGGAUGAAAAAGAGUCUUCAACAUUCAUCAGGCAUAAGAAAGUCAAUAAAUACAAAUUGGCACAGGCGACGUUCAGCCAAACAAUACUACAACCAGUAAGGGAACUGUUAUGCAACUAUUCCCAUCCAAUUUUAAGGGCUUUGGUACAUUAUAUGUUGAUUUGUGGAUAGCUCAUCCUAACCCAUCCAGAGAAUGAAACAUUGGUGCUGCUUACUGUGGUAAAUCAUGAUUAGAUGGUAGGAGGGGCAGCUAUUAUUUGGCUGCAUAAAGCAAAAUUACUUUGGAACUCCCUCCCCAGGUAGAUUAGGCAAGCACCCACCCUGUCAGCCUUUAGAAAAAGGUUAAAAACCAGGCUUUUCCAGUGCGCUUUCGAAUAAUCAUUCCCCAUAAGAGACCCCCUCCUAAAGGAAAACUGAUUCUUUUGCACUUUAUUCUACCCCACCCCAAAUUCUGCUAGAGAACACUUCAGCACUUUGUCCAGGCACCUUAUUAAAUGAUCUUAUGACUAUAUAUCUUUGCACGUUUGUCCUGACCGCCCAGCCCCCCCCCCAUUUUAUCAAUUAAUUGUGGGCUUUGUCUUAAAUCAUUUUAACAUUUUAUUUUACUACUACUGUGUCAUACUGUAUUAUUGUGUUGUAAAAUUGUUUUAUUUUAUCUUUUGUUGAUGUUGUGUAUCCAGUAUAUGCUUUUAAUAUUGUUCAUGUUUUGUUUUGGGCUUGGCCCCAUGUUAGCCACCCCAAGAUGGAGGCGGGAUAGAAAAAUAAAGAUGAUGAUGAUGAUGA